AUGUCCGUGGUUAGAGACAUUGCUGGAAAUCUCCUCAUCUGUUUAUUUAUUGCUGCCAUUCUCUAUGGAAUAACUUGCGCACAGGCUUACAUAUAUUACCAGUCUUAUCCAGAAGACCGGCCCUUUCUCAAGUGGAUGGUGGCGGGUGUAUGGCUCCUAGAAACGCUUCACACGGCGUUCUGCAUCGUCUUCAUCUACACCUACACUAUUACGCACUUUGGAGAUGCGCCAUUCCUUGACCAAAUUCAUUGGAGCGGUGGGAUCACCGUCAUAUUAGGUGUCCUCGUCGCGGGAUUAGUACAUGCAUAUUACAUCCGGAGGCUAUGGAUAUUGAGUGAACACAAUGUAUGGCUGAUGGUGCCGACGACAACCCUGGCUGUAGCUCGUUUCGCUUUUGGAACAGCAACAACUGUGCAAUGUUACACCGUGGCCGAGUGGACGAAGUUUCACCAGCGGAGAUUACCUCUAGUAACCCUGGCUGGCGGGCUUUCUAGCGCUGCAGCGGUGGACCUAAUCGUGGCCGCGGCCCUCAUUUACCUGCUGGAUAGAAGUCGGUCCGGAUUCAAGCCGUGA